AUGAGUUACCUUCAAAAGAUUCCACCGGCUGGAUUCUCUCCCACUCAGGAGAUUUUUUCUAAGCGACUCUCUUCAUCCCCCACCCAAGAGAUUUAUUCCAAGCGAUUCUCAUCAUCAUCAUCCGCGUCAUCCAUUUCCGACUUUACAUCUACUUAUUCGUCGACAGAAACAUCGCAACGGGAAUUGAUGGUCACACAAAGGCAGAUUAAAGAUCUCGAGAAAAAGUUGGGAGAUACUUUGGCUGAAUUGGAAAGGGUAAAAAAGGACUACAGAGAAUCAGUAGAGUUGAACAAGACCCAUGUGAGAAGGAUAAAACAGUUGGAGCAGGACUCAGAACAAUUAAAGACUGUUAAUAGGUCUUUAUCGGUCGAGAAUGGGAAUUAUCAGGAGAAAUUGGCUAAAAAAGAUGCUGAGUAUGAACAAUUAGAAGUGAAAUAUUGCGAAGAAAUAAGAAAGAGUGAAAAUAAUUCGGGAUCUGUUGAUGAGACAACACUUGGCGAAGCUGUACUUAAAGAAAGUGAUCAUACUUUAAUCGAGAAACUUCAAGAUGAGGUGAAAACACUCAAGAGUGAUAACGAAUCGAUGGCUAAAUAUAUUCAAAAAAUGUUAAACCGUAUAAUGGAAGUGGAUGGUUUUGAGGAAACGCUGGCUACGCAUUGGUCUUCAAGUUCACAGGAAAAAUCUUCUAAGCCAAUGUCUCCCACGAAUCCCGCAAAACCUGAACGUCCAAACUCUCUAAAGACCGACUUUAAAUUCCCGCGAUCGCCUCCCUAUGCCAAAACUUCGUUCACUACAUUGAAAGAAGAGGAGGAAACAAAACAUUACGAUGAACCCGAAGAAUAUUCACAAAAAUGCACGUCUCCAUCGCUCACCACGUUUGAAUCUUUAGACAAGAACGAUGUGACAAGGAGAAUGCCACUUUUGAACAGACCACGAAAGGGUAGUAACUCGGCGGAUAAUGUGUUAGCGCAAGAAAGCCCUCAACAAGUAAAUUUGCCCAAGCGAUCAUCUACUACCAACGUUGUUCCUACCGGAGCCACUGACACCGCCACUUCAUCUAAGAGGAUUAGUGGUUUCUUUAAAUGGAGUCUUGUCGCGGUGGCAACUGCUACUUUGAAGAAUAAUGCCGAAGCCGCAAAGAAAGAGGAUCCAUACAUGAAACCUAUUUUACUGGUUCAAGCUAAGGAUAAAGCUAGGGAUUUGCAAGAGAGCUAA